AUGGUUGUCGUCAUUUUCGCUGCUGAGGCUCUACUACCUCCUUCGACUACCAUUUGCAUACGGCCAUACAUACCUCGAAGGAUACACCAUAUUCAUCUUGGGCCGAGCUCACCUCCGAAGAAUUGGCUGGAUGCGAGAUCAGAAUGUCUCAAACAUCAUGAAUUUUGGGAGGCCCAUCUGUGGACGGACGACAAUGCAGACAGCUUCGUGCAAGACAAUUAUCCGCAUCUCUAUGAAAUGUGGACCAGCUAUCCAUUCAAUGUACAACGCGUGGAUGCAUUGCGCUACAUGAUUCUACAGAAAUACGGAGGUGCUGUCCUUGACUUCGACCUCGCGUGCAAGCGAUCGCUGGAGCCGUUGCGUCGAUUUGAAUUCGUAGCCCCGGCUGCACACCCAGCUGGAUUCUCGAUCGGCAUGAUGCUCGCAACCCCCAACAACCCCUACGUCCAUGCGCUUGUUGAAAAUCUGCCAGUAUACAACCAAGUAUGGCCAUUGUUACCAUAUGCGACCGUGAUGUUCAGUACAGGCUGCCACUACGCGUCGACCAUCUUUACUCUACAAUCGAAUCGCACAAAUCUGCGUAUUCUAGCAGGGCCCCCUGAUCAACCGAAGAUGCACAUGCUCAAUGGGGUAGUCAACACGCCACUUUUCACACAUUUCGGCUCUUCGUCCUGGCACGGUCAUGACGCGCGGCUGAUCUCGUUCUUUAAAGAUCUGGAUCAGCGGAUAUUGUUCGCUGGCCUCGUCUUUGUACUGGGCAGUACGGCAGUGAUUAUACUGCUGUGUAUUAGUCGGAGGCGUGCACCAAAGGCAGACGACGAAGAACGUCGCUUGCCGUCAUUUGCGAUCAAAUGGAUGAACAAGGUAGCUUAA